AUGUCGACGUCUUCUGCCGACGAAGACGCUCAUUCUGGUAGCGACGCCAGCCCUCCCACCCACAACCAACAAGUGAUCCCACAAGCGAUUCGAGACUUCUGUUCCGAGGUUGACAAGUGCUCCAUCGCCAUACAAGCCAUCUAUCCGACCUUUAAGCGCCUCGAAACCGCCCUCGGCAAGCCUCCGACGAGUCUCGAUCCCUGUCAACUUCGUCGUCUGCUUCCCGACUACGUUGUUGCCAAUCUCGUCAGCGUUGCUUCUGCUGAACUCGACAGCCUAUCCUCACAAGUCCGAUCCAAGGUCCAAAAGGCAGCCAAGUCGUGGAAGCUAUCCCGCCGCCAUCUUCUGUUCCUCCUCGCCAACGAUCAUUACCAACGUGGCAAGCCCUUUUUCACCGAGCUCUCCUUGUUUGCUGCUACAUGCGCCGACCCAGCUCACGCCUUCGAGUUGCUCUGUCGUUGUGCACAAACUCGCCGAGCCAACAGAACCAUCGCACCUGUCAAGCGACCUGGGGUUUCUCAAGAGGCAGCAGGCAUCAUUCUAGAUGAUAUUCGCUGUGCGACAACUAUCUUUGCCCAGACGACAGGCGCGGCCCCCAUGUUAGGUCCACCAUCGCCAGCGAAGCAGAUCACUCAAACGUCAGUCCAGGAAGAGAGGCGAGAGGUAGCCAAGUCGCCGACACCAUCAUCACCAGAAAGUGCAAUCAGAUUCAGUCCGACUCCGGAAGCGUCGCGUGCUGCUCCAAGUGACCAUCAUCUGCCCUCCAUUGUUUCCGCAAAACAAUCUGAGAUACCGAUACCACACAGCCUGGAUGCCAGCCCUUCCAUUUUCGCUGAUACUCCUCGACAACAGCCCCAGCAGGGAGAUUGCCUCGAGAGCUUGGACUUCGACAGCAUUUUUGGCGACGACGAUAACGACGACUGCGACAGCGACUACGCGUACGACUUCAGCCCGGGUGGCAACAUCAAUAUUCACCCAGGGGCUGUCAUCCACCAAGACGACGUCGACAACAUCGAAUCAUUGUCAGGUCCAGUUGUUCAUGCGUCAGAGGCUGGAAGCUCUUCCCCUGUACAUGACAUGUCCGCGCCGCUGCAAUUACCCGAAAGCGUCAAUACAAAAUUGCGUGGUAGGAGGGCAACAUCACUGGAGCCGGCAUCCCUUCGACAUGACGCCAAAAGAAGUCCAGAUCCGGAACAGUCGGCACCGGAAGCGAAGAGACAUCACCCGGAGAACCACACCGACGAGAUCUCAGACGCUUCAACUAAAGCCACCGAAACUCGGCAUCACACCACAUCGGCUAGGGGUGAUAUUUUACCACAGACGACGCUAGAACCAAUACUUGAAGAGGGAGAGAGCUCACUUGAAGGAGCGUCAGCCCUAGGCAAGGACUCUUUGGUCCUCAACUCUGCGUGUACAAUUCUCGACCCCUCAACCUGGAUCCGGGGGGAAUGGUUGGUCAGCGCCUUGUCAGAUAACCACUGGGCCCUUGUCAUCAUCCGCCGCGAAGGAAGAACGUUGCGAGUACCCGAGUAUUAUGAUUCCCUGCCAGCCAAGACAAACUUCAUGGCCAGCAAGCGCCAUGUUUCCUCCUUUCUCAGGCAUUAUCUACCUCAAAGUCAGCAUGCAGGCCAGACCCUGUAUCAAUGUGUGGCACCCAUUCAAGACGGCGGCAAUGACUGCGGGGUUUUCACUUUCGCUUUCGCUCUACAUACAGUAGCAGCAAAGCCACUUCCUCGUCGGCUUCCCUCUGCGACGUGGCGCCUCAUUCUCGCGGCCUGCCUAGGAGUUCAAGAUAUUUCUUGGUGGUCUCUUAUCCCAGAAGAGACGCGCAUUACCACAAUCCGACUUGAGAGUGAGGUGGCAGACAACCUGGACGACGGCUUCGAUAGCUACAUGGCUAUGAUGACCAGCGUGCAGGCGUGGCAGCAGAGGGCAACAAACCACAUGCGCAAACAACUCGAGGACAGCCAGGAAGCUGUAAUAGAAGUAACAACAGACUUUGAAGUCGUCUUGGACAUGUUGCGAGUUAUUAUGGCUGCAGCCGACCGCAGGAUCGGCGAGUUGGAGGUGCAGCUUUCUGUGCCAGCCCAGUACACCGCCGGAGGUUGUAGGCGGAGGGAAAGGGAGUUAGAAGCCGCAAAGACCGUCCGAGGACAUGCGGUUACUGCGUCGAGUAGGAUUGGCGAGGUGGUCAAAUGUUUGGGUGGCCGAGUCGAGGAGUUGUCGCGGAAGAUUGAUGCUAUUCAGCCCAACCGCACCAACUGCGCCGCCGCCUAG